AGCCCUGUGACUAACCAGGGGCGGGAACAGCCAGUCACAGGAAAACAUGAGCCACCCAUAUGUGACUGUGCAGAAUUUGAGCAGUGGUGUUGUAGCUGUGUCAGUCCGUGCGUAUACAAGUUCGGUCCAGUAGCUGCCAAAGGCAGAGGAUCUGGCGCGGGGAUCUCUGAAGUUGAUUGCUGGCUCCAAAUUGGACCCAAUUGCAGCUAGAGAGGAACUGGUCAGAGCCCAGGGCCUGUACCCCAGCGUUCAUCUGUCUUGGUGAGAGAAGAGAGGUGACAAAAGGUGUGGGUCCCAUGGAUUCGGAGCUGUCACCCGAUGGAAGACAAGGUGAUCUGCCUAACAGCAAACUCCAGAGAGCUGUCGGGUGGAAAGCGCCGCUGACCGUCAGCGUGGUAGUCCUAGUCGUGAUUGUUGCUGUUGCUCUGAUACUUUUGCACGUGAAAUCUCCACCCGAAUCCAACCUGCCUCAUGUCUCCACCCCAGUCCGUCUAAAUGUAAGAUUCCCUGCUCCUUGCUGCCUGGAUGGCUGGGUCGGGUACAGAGGGAAAUGCUACUAUUUCUCUGAGGCCGAGGGGACCUGGGACUCCAGUCAGAGCUUCUGCUCUUCACUCAAUGCCUCCCUGGCUGGGAUCGACACCGAGAAAGACCUGAAGUUCAUUAUGCGAUAUAAAGGCGUCUCUGAGUUUUGGAUUGGCCUGAAGCGAGAAUCGGCGCAGCUCUGGGGAUGGGUGAAUGGCGAACAGUUCAACAACCUGUUUACGGUAAGAGGAGAAGGUGACUGUGCGUACCUGAGCGACGGCUUUGCCACUUCGUCAUGGUGCUCCACGAAGCGCUACUGGAUCUGCAGCAAACCCGACGGGAUGCGAAGGGAGGACGCGAUGCCGGGGGACUGAAGGGUGAAGGCUGGGAAAACACCUCAAGGCCCAGCUGCCUGACACUCCAAACAAACAUCGCUUAAUAAGAUCCUCAAUAGAGCUUGACAGAUUAUUUUUGUUGUUGUAAAUAAGCCUCUUUUCUAACCUGCUCUUUAUUGUGGCCCCUGUAUAACCUCUUCGUCCUGGUUGUGUAACUAAGACCCAGUCUACACUUAAAACUCACUCCUGAAUGCUGUAGUUAGGCUGAUGUCACCCCUAGUGUAGACGCAGCUAAGUUGACCUAGCUCCUGUCACUGGGAUGGCGGUGUUCCUACAGUGAUGGGAAACCCCCUUCCCCCACUGUAGGAUGUGUCUGCUCUGGGGUUAUGCCAGCGUAGUCUGCUGCCAUGUCUGCAUACUGUAGACAUGGAUUAAAACCCCUUCCCAGCUCCCCCUGCUAUUGUCUGUCAGGGUGCGUCUACACUGCAAUGGAGGUACGUGAUUAAAGCAAUGAAGGUGCAGCAGCACUGAGCUAGUCGUCCAGGUCUUUACCCAGGGUUCCAGCCUGUGUUGCUGCGGCAUCAUUGCUCCAGUACGAGCUAGAUUAAAAUGAGCACGGUUAUGUCUACAUGAAUAGCCACCAAACCCUGUGAUUGCAAUGUGGACAUACCCUCAGCUCUGCUGUGCCGUCCAAGCAGGAAGGCAGCACUGCUUUGAAGACAGAUUGAGACAAUCUUAAACGGCAACAGGCUAAGACAAUCCACAGCAAGCAGGGAUGUGAGGCAGCUGCACACAACAUCCUCCCGAAGGAAGGAAGCUGUGGCAAGAGACAAGCAGCCAGGCUGUGAGUUUUCUUCGACUGUUGCAGAACCAGGCUCUGUUCGCUCAUGCUGUCUCCCAACCCUGAGCAACAAAGUUGUGAGUUAAGGCUAAUGGGACAGGGAUCUGAACUCACCAAUAGGCCUCUUGUUGAGGCUUCUUGUGAUGCCUCCUGCAUAGGGUCGACUGUGUUGCGUUGUCUCCCAAAAUGUGGUAGCUGCAUCUUUGACGGAAAGUCUCCGUUGUGGAGCAAAGAAGAUAAUUAAGGAGGGCCAGAAAGGAGGCGCAGGUUCCAAUGGAAAUCAAAAUGUCUGUAUGUUUGAGAGUGUUACGGUCUUGCUGGGCUUAUUGAGACUGUAAAGUGAAGGCCAGGCAUGCGUGCAUGCCAGAAGAAGUUGAUGACUAGCUAGGUGUACUAGCAGAAAAGUCACAGAGGUGCUGGCGCCCUGUGAAGAAGCUGUGGAGCUGCCCAGGAGAGGGGUUUACUUUGUGAGAAGGCAUCGGGUUGUGUACUCUGUACUGGCAAUAAGGAAUUGUGGGUCGCUGUCACCGUAGCAUCCCACCAUAUAAGAAUUUGCUUACAGACUCAUAGGCAGAGCGGAUGCCUUUUAAUCUCAUUGAGUUAUCUUUCAAGGCGAGUUCGAGGCAGAGAAGCCGAGGCAUGUAGAACCCUUUCGAUUGCACUUGACUUUCCCCGUGAUCAAGUUUUUAAUCAGUGAGCAAAACAAACCGCAAAAUCUGAUUCAGAGUAAGCGGGUUGGUUUCUUGACUUUGCUAAAGAAACUCGUAUAUGGACAAGGAUCAAUGUGUGCAUAAAACUCGAAGACUUAAGAGUCUUUAGAUGCUAGAAGGGUCAUUUGCAAAUGUUGCUUAAGAGUUUAAUUCCCCUUGGACUCACUUGCCAGUUAAGUUACAAGUACUUUUGUAGAGGACAAGAUGCAUAUUUUCCCCUAGUUUGAGAUGGCUGGGUAUUUUCUAGCUGCAUCAUCUAUUCAUUCCAUGGCGGUGGAAUCUAAAUAAUUGAAAUAUAUAAAAUCUCACAACUAACGAAAAAUUAAUCGAGUAAUACCAUGGAGUGUUCACUGUUCACCUAUUUAAUGAUUUGCUGUUUACUUCUUUUGUUUUAUCAAGUUUGCUAU